AAAGCCGCUUGCCUUCUCCCCCCCUCCUGCGAAAAAAAAAAAACAAACAAAAACACACACACACAUCCAUACGCCUUCCCUCCCCCUCGCCCAUCCCUUUUCGCCUCCCCGGCGCGGCAGACCAUGUCCUCUGUUCUCCCGCCCGACUACCAAACCCCUGCAUGGCCGUCGAUUUUGGAGGGCGGAGCAGAGCUCUACCUGGUGUCAGACAUCUGCGUUUUUACCCUCCUGUGGACGCUCGUCAUUUCAGUGGGCUCCUCGCUGCUUGUGGCCAUUUAUGCGAGCGUCUCCCUUCGUUGGGCCUUCCGCGGCCAACGAUCCUCAGCUCCUCACGUUUUCCCGCUGAACGCCGUAUCGUCGACCAUCACCCCUAAUAGCCAGGGAUGCCUUCGCACGCGAUACCACCAAAAGGGAAACACCUAUUUGAUGCUUCCCCCCAGCCCGCCAGUCAGUCCUCUUGCCCCGUCGCUUCUCAAUGUCCUGGCCACCGCGCCAAUCGUCCUGGCUGUCCUGGCCACUCCGAUUGCGGCGACCAUCGUUGGGGGAACGGUCGGCGCGGCGGUCGGUGCCGUUUACGGCGCUGGCGGCAUGCUCCCGAUGGACACCCGUGUUGCCGCCGCAUGGGGAGCCGCCUCCUCCGCUUCCCUUUGGCUCUUCAGCACGGGCAUCCUGACAACGGGUCUACUUUGAUCUGCGCCUCGCCUGGUGCGCUGUCUUUCCCGACAAGGAGGCAAGCCCAGCCGGAGCUGACGCGAGAGAAGGAGAGAGAAAAAAAACCCUGGAAAGCAAGAAAAUAGAAAAGGAAACCCCCUA